CGCAAUAAGAGUUUUUUCCUGCCAUUCUUGUUGGUUGGACCAGAAAUUCAUAAUUCAACGCACUCAUUCUUGUUUUACGACAUUUUAAAUUUUGUUUACAACAUUUUUUAAAAAAUUAGUGCUUUCAAGUAACGUGUUCUGUUCGUGCUGUGGGUUUCCGGGGUGUUAUAAAUGUAAUUCUUCGAAAACAAAUUGGGAUGUCCCGGAGCUUUUCUCUAUUCCACCCCCUCCCAACUCGGACCGCCAGUCCGGGUCGGAUCAACUCGGAUCGAGUCGGACUAACUCGGAUCGAAUUAAAAAAUAAAGAUAAAAUAAAACUGGACUCGGAUCAACUCGGGUCAUAAAAAAAAAGACAACUCGGAUUAUGAAAAAAAAAAACAACUCGGACUAUAAAGAGAAAAAUAAAAUCAGUCGGUAUCACUUAACUUUCACCCGCCAUUUUUGUUUUUUUCUCACGAACUCGUGGUUGCAUAAAUUAAUUUUAUUUUUAUUUUUAUUAAUUUUAAUAAUGCACUAGUGAGCAGCACACAUACACUUCCAGUGAACAUUUUCAACUUGGAAGGAGGAGAAAUCAUGCUUGACCGGGACAACGAAAAUUUUCGUACCCCGGGCGAGAAUUGAACUCACGACCCUGCGAAUACUACAUGUUUAUCGAACGUUCCAACCACUGAACCGGGAUGGUCGCGAGUUCGAUUCUUGCCAGGGGCAUGGAAAUUUCCUUUGUCCCGGGCGAGCAUGGUUUCUCCUCCUUCCAAGUUGAAAAUGUUUACUGGAAAUUUAUGUGUGCUGCUCACUAGUGUAUCAUUAAAAUUAAUAAAAAUAAAAUUAAUUUACGCAAUCACGAGUUCGUGAGAAAAAAAACAAAAUGGCGGGUGAAAGUUAAGUGAUACCGACUGAUUUUGUUUCUUUUUAUAAUCCGAGUUGUUUUUUUUUUAAUGAUCUGAGUUGAUCCGAGUCCAAUUUAAUUUUAUUUUUAUUUUUUUAUUCGAUCCGAGUUGGUCCGAGUCGAUCCGAGUUGAUCCGACCCGGACUGGCGGUCCGAGUUGAUCCGGUCCGACUUUUGUACCUGCCUGUAAAUCUUGGCGACGAAUCUGGUGGCGUGUAAACCAGCCUUUUAAACAUACUUUUUCUCACCACGUCUCAGGUAAACAGUACUAUAAGGCCCUUUUUUUAUCAUACAGACCUCGGACAGAAUUUGUUCUUUUUUGCCCUAUUUAAACCUAUAAUUCCUCAGUUUUUUUCACAAUUUUGCAAGAGAAUUUGCACUCAUUCAAUAUCCACGACGAUCAAAGCACGUGCCUCCUUUGCACAACAAAUUAUAGCAUUGAAUUAUAAAGCGUUUUCAUGAAGAGAAUUCUAUAAUGCCAGGACGUUUCUGUUAGAAAAAUCUGGUCCUAUGUGAUAUGCAGGGUAAUAAUUAUGGGCUUUUAAUGAAAACGAUAAAAAAAAUUCCCAAAAUCACUUUUCGGCCAGCCGGACGCGCGGGUUCUCACUUUUGACAGGCACCAAAUUAGCAGUGCGAUUAAUAGAGUUACCAUUUACGCUUCAACAUGAUAGAGAAAUUGUUAUGUUUAGGUUUUAUUUCCCUUUAUUCAUUCAACUGUGUAUGAUUUUGUUAUGUGUAAUCUUUAAAAGCGAGUGAUAUUUACGCGCGGCGUUUUGAGUAUUCCUGCAUGCGAUGUUUAUGUUCGACUGGAAACAACCUGGGCAGCGAUGAAAAUUGCGAGAGGGACUACUAACAAUCAAUAAAAUAAAUUUAAUUCGGUGAAACAUGUACAGAGACAAUAAUUUUAAUUCACGAAGAGAAGUAUUGAGAGUAAAGUGUCUCAGAAAAUCAUGAGUCAGGAAAGCAUAAGCUUAUUUAUGUUUUAAGCCGGCUUCCCGGUGUUCGCUCUUUUUCAAGAUGAACUCGAGGCGAGAAAAUCGCUCAGAGCUUUCUAUUUACAGCCAAAAUCAUAACUAAAUAAUCUUCGGAACCUUUUCUUUGAAUUUGCAGGUCAAAAAAUGUCUAAAGGCUUUUUAAACCUGAUACUAUAGUAGGUUAGAUCAUUGCUCUUGUAUUAACUUAAGCCGCAUAAACCAUACGCUCGACUUCAGGAAACCGAAAAAAAAAAAACACAUCAAAGACAAUAAUUACUCAGGCUUACCAGUCGAGAUGCUGCUUCUGAAGGUCAUCAAGUGUUCCAGAAUUUUCAACCCUCUUAUGCCUCAAGCAAGGGCAAGUCAGUAGGCUCAUUUUUGAAAACGAUGCCAUCCGAAAUCGGAUUUCCAAUGACUUUGACAAGCGGUGCAUUUGUCCACAAAAAGCGCAAUAAACAAACCAGCCACGAAUUACAGAACAAUCUUGAUAGCAGCUGUAUUUCAUUUUGUACACCAAGUAGAAAAAGACAGUUUAAAACAUCACAUGAUGACACAAAACUCUGUCAGCUCUAGCUAUCAGUAAGCAAGUUUCCAGACGCUGCAUAAAUUUUCCGCAUAAACUCACCUGUCAAAUUUUGACCAAUCAGAACAUAAAAAUUGGACGUAGAGCGUGAUCAACGCGUGACAGUGAGAAAAGUCAAAAGCGAUUGCCUUCCCUGCAUGGAAAUGUAAAAGCCGGUUGAAUUUUCGUGUUCGAGGUCAGUUCGAAAUCAACAUUUUAAAAGUGCGGCUCAUGAAACACGACUUAUUUCAUAUGCAUUUUAAAAAAAUUGAACUUGGGCCUGCGAUCAUUUGAAAAGUAGCAACUUGUCAGCGGAUACCUUCAAAAAAUUACUCGAACUCAGAGGAUCGAUACCUGAGCCCGCGAUACGGUCAGGCGAUACUGGUCAGCAGAAACACUAUUUUGACAGCUGUCAAUUAAUCAAAACAUGGAUGUACAAUAUCAGGUUGCAGGCUCCCAAACUAGCUAGAAAGUGUGAGAUUAAACAUUGGUAUGCCUGUGGUGCGGACAGACGGAAGGUCGGGUGGUCGGUGUACGGUCACGUGAUUGCCGAAUUUUCUAGGACGGAUAGAUUUACUAUAAAGCAAUGGGCUUCGAAUUGAGCCCGUGAUCACAUAAAAUAUCAGCGCAAAACUUUAAACACUACGUGACCUCAAUGGAUAGAAAAAUGAGCCCGCGAUCCACUCAGGUGAUGAUGGUCAGCGUAUUCUCUAGUCUGAAAGCUGUCAAUUAACCUUCAUUAGAAUGGCGAAUAUUCGAAUUAACAGACAUGUAGUGGAAGAUGCCAGAUCGUGUACCUGAGCGAACCUGAGCCCACGUUUUUAGUUUUCUGAUAGUGGUCUGCACAUGUCCCAUUUGACAGCUGUCAAUUGACCUUAAUUUGGCUUGCUAAUGUAACUUUAAACGACUGUCAGCCAACUAACAGCCUUGCCCUGCGUAGUUUCGUUUUUAUGUUGAAUUGGUGGGUGUGACAUAUUAUGUUAGCUUAUAUAUAGGGGCUAAACGACUGGUCUUUUAUCUGAGCCCGCGAGACGGUCAUGUGAUAAUUGUCAGCGGAUGUCUGAUUUUGACAGCUGUCAAUCUAAUCGUACUCAUACGGAUGGCUUACAUAACUAAGAGGCUAGUCAAGUUGUGCAAGAUCUGUUGUGACAUUUGACAUCGGCUUACAUGAAGUGUGUGUACGGAUGGGCGUACGCUACGUCAUAACCAAAUUUUCUCGGAUGGAUAGUUUACCAAAUUUUUUUACCCAUGGUGCUCCGCUGCGCGCACGCUGCGCGCGCGGGAGCUCCGCUAUAAAUGCGUUAUUAACCAACCUUGUUCGGUCAAGAUCGCAAGAUAUUGGCCAAGUUCUUUUAUGCGUACUUAUUGGUCGAGAACAAAGAACCAUGUUAGUUGAUUUGCACCACGUAAACGGGGCCCACACGCUAAAAAAAACAUUCAUAGUGUAAAAAGGGGGCCGGUAAGUAAUUGGUUAAUAAAGGAUUUAUUAUAUGGCCAAAGAGACCAACGCGGGAAAUCCGAGCGGGCAAUACGGGCCCAUCUUGCUCGCUCGGGUAGCCAAUCAAAACCUCAUCGUGCUCGCUCGCGGAUUUAGCAAUACAAUAAAGAAUACAUCUACAUCUACAUAAAUUUUAAGACCUACAAAGAGGCAUACCCAUCAAUGCAAGACACUAAAAAUAAACUGAUGAAUAUAAAUAUUUACAUACAGUGAAACCCGUAUUAAGCGGACACCCUCUAUUAAGCGGACAGUAGCAGAAGUCUCAAAAUUUAUGUCCCUUAUUUACUUUAAAUGAAACCUUUAUUAAGCGGACGCGGACACCUAAAAAGUACCUGAAAUGGUCAUUUCUAUUGUUGCCAACCUGCAUUAAACGGACACUUGUAAUUAAAUAUGCUUACCAAUCAAUGGAUCCGAUACUGGAAUUGCAUAUUCUAGACGAGGUCUCCCUAGCGCUUUAUAAGCUAAUUUCUUAAUUGAUUCAGACCAGUUGCUAAGAUUCCUUCGCUGGAAGCCGAGAGUUCGAUUUGCUUUUGUUGAGUUUCCUAUCAAUGUGAUGGCCCCAGUCUAACGAGAUGAUAGCUCUACUCCAAGAUAUGAAUGAUGUAAUACUGAUUCUAGUGUGCGACCCAUUAAUUUAUAAUCAUAAAUAACAGGUUCACCCUUUCUGGUUAUCCUCAUGACAAAACAUUUGCUUGGAUUAAAUUGCAUCAGCCAUUUCUGAUGUUUAGCAUCACUUGUUGACUCUACAAUACUAUAUAAGAUGGUGUCGUCUACAAACAGGCGUAUCAGAGUGGAGGAGCAAUCAGAACCAAUGUCAUUUAUAUAUAGUAGGAACAUAAGAGGACCUAAAACAGUUCCUUGUGGAGCACCCGAUGAUACAUGAACUGGGGAAGAUGAGACACCACCAACUACAACAGUCUGUUCCCUACAUGUAAGCCAGUUGGUUAGCCAGACCUUGCGGUUACCACAUAUGCCGUAAUAAUCUAGUUUAUCAAUUAGUUGCUGGUGGGAUACAACGUCAAAGGCUUUGGAAAAAUCCAAAACGUCUGUCUGUUUAUCAUUAUUAAUAGCUUUGGCUGUUUCCUCGAUUGUGGCUAUUACCUAGGUUUCCCAAGAAAACUUCCUGCGAAAGCCACGUUGAGAGUUAACCAGAUUGAUUCUAGGGCCUUGCAUGGAACAGCAGUCAGUAAGAUAGGGCGGUAACUAAGAGCAAGAUUCCUUUUAUAAUUGCAUAGUUGUUUUUUUCCUAGAUAUGUCGAUCCGUGGCAAAUGUACAUUAUCGAAAGCUGGCAAACCAUGAGGACGUUAUUAGGUUGGAAUACGAUGAUGAUAAGAAGCAGCUUCAGCUAAUAUAUAGGUAAGUACCUGUGUCUCUAUGGCGUUAUCUGAGGCUCCGUUCACACGGACAUGUAUCUGGAUAUUGUUCCACCAAGCACUUUUUUGCUCUUUUCACUUUUUUAUGGCGUCCAGUUCAUUGGUCUGACGUGGAAAGAAGCCUCAGAAUGUCGAGCCACUUUUUUUGGCACAAUUGAAGAGUAAAUUUACAAUAAUCAAAGCUAGGUUUACCUGCAAACUCGUUAUAAGAGUUGAAAUAAGUGCAAAGAGUAUAGAGUGUUUUCACUCACGUGGCCAGCAUCUACGCCAAUUUAUUGGAACAAAAGAAAGCGCUUACAUAAGAAAAGAGUUCAACUCCCACAGGACUGGUUAGGGACACAAACAUGGCCGCCCCUUCAUUGUUUUGGGACACAAAUAUGGCUGCCAUGACGUCAUGUGAAAACUCUCAAUAGAAGCGAUAACUUUGCCCUCGGCAGCCAUUUUGAGUACUCACGGUAAAGAACUGGCCCUGGUUGUUCAGACGAUCGAUGGCACUAUCCACUGGAUUAAUGACUAUCCAGUGGAUAAGUAUUAGGAAAAUGCAAAUUGCACGAUCCAGUGGAUAGAGAUUUAUCCGCUGGAUAGCGUUAUCCACCUUUUGAACAUCUGGAGCAUGGACUCGAUCUUGUUAAGUCAUUCGAAAAAAAAAUAUCCGGAUUUAGCGUCCACUCUAGAGAGCAGAUUCAAAAAGUUGCGGAUUCGUAUGCCGGAUUUACUGGAUGCGUGUGGACAACAGCCGAACCCGCAAAAAAAAGUUGCGAGUUCAAUAAGAUAUUGAUACGUGUUGCCGGGGCCAGUGUGCAUUAUCUCCUAAUUUUCUCAAAUUUUAUGUGUGCACAUUUUUUGUCUUGCAUUUGCUAGGAAAGUUUUCGAAUGGGAGGCAAAGGCCAUCCUUAAGUGCGAUCCAACAUUCGAGGAAGCAAAAUUUGACAUUGUUGACGUUGCUGGCGAUUGGGUAAGUCAAGGUAAAAAUGAAUUACAAAUGAGAGAAUUAUAACUGGAGCUUUGUCUUUCAUUUCGAAUAUGAUAACAGCUUUACCUGGCUAAUUGUUGUUAAUUGAAUAGAGUUUCAGUUCGUGAAUAACUCUGGCAACAAGGGACCGGGGUAUGUGGUAAAUAUGCAUCAGGAACGUCAAACGCUGAUAGUGAACUUGAAGGGAUUCAAAUGCAUCAAGGGUUGCUGCAAAAGGAGGGUUUAGUUCUUGCCGCAAAUGAGACAUCAUAUUCGUAAUAGACGUAAACUUAAUUAGGAUGUAAGUUGUAUUAGCAUACCACCCUCCGAAUUUGCAAAGAUCCCCACUACGAAUCAUUCGAAAACUAAAUCCAAUGUCCAAAUCCCGUCUUUGUAACAUUUGCUUCUUUCUACCCAAAGUAAGGAUAGGAUGUUUAGUCUAGUAGACAGAAGUUGAAGCAGCAGUUAAAAAUUCUAAGACGAGACGCUUGAACUAACUGAUUUGUUUUUAUUCCUCAGACCUUCAUUCUCACCCACAAGUGCGCAUGUCCAAAUGCUUGCUUGAUUGAUCCAACUCAUUCAUCUGUUCCUACUACUCCGAGCGAUCCUAGUGAUCCUGCGCAUUCAAGUAAGCUAAAUUAUCUAACGGUUUCGAGCAAGUUAUUGCGGCAUACACCAGACUACCUCUCUUUCGAGUGUCGCAGCAGAUCACGCACACAGUAGUUCAAGCAAUGAUCUAGAAAAUGGAUUUUACAGUAAAAGGAACUAAAAAAUUGCAAAUAAUUAUGACGCCUUUAUAGAGAAAAAAAACAUUUAUCGGUUUCUAUUUUUAGGCUUUAAAAAACUAUCCUUGCUAAAGUAAACGCUGAAUUACGCCUCAAAUUUCUUUCAAUUUCUUAACUGGCCAAGAUCCUACCAGCACAUCAAUUGGCAAGAAUUCUUUUGCCUUUCCUUCGCGUACAUUUCUUAAAACGAAUUCAAAGCUAAUCAUUUCCUUUGAACAGGUCCGAACAAUGCGCUCAAGGAAGAGAUCUCUAUCCCAGCUGGUGCUUUUGUAUGUUUUCUUGCAAUUUCUGGAUUUGUAUUCUGGAAAAGACGCCGACGUGGACGACGGCAUAAUGGCAACGAUAAUCAACGCAAUGACGAAAGACAACAUCUCGUUCGUGGAGAAGCCGAGAGACCCCCAUCCGAUAACGUUAGUUUUAUCAAUCCAAUAGGUGGAGGGAGUUCUGAACCGGCAAAACCUUGCGACAUCACAGUCUCUAAGAAUAAAACCGACUUUAACAAAUUAAGUGCACCUGUGUAACAACGAACAAUUCCCGAUAACACUGAUUUCUCUAAGCUUAGUUCUAUAUAAUUUGUGGUGAGUUUUUAAUACUGGAAAUUAUUGAAACGAUGUAGUCAUUCAGGGUGCAAUGACGACGACGACGGCAA